UUUACAAGCCCAACACACUCACAGACGAUCAACUUGUUUUGUGGAUAUCAAAAUAUGGCUUUGCCAAAAGUUUCAGUUGUGUUCUUGCAGGUUAUAAUCGUAAUUCAUUUUAUCCUCACUGUUUGGGCAAACCAAUGCGCUUGGUUACCAGUCUCAUAUCAGUUUUGCAAUUUCCUUGUGCUUGCGUUGGGUGUUGGAGCAGUUGUAGCGUCAUCUGACCAUGCAAUUUCAGAACUGUUUUUAGUGGGAAUGGCAUUCGCGUUGUUACAUGAUAUCAUUAUCAUAGCGGUGACUUACGAUGGUGACGAGAAAACAGCAUAUUCCUGCACCCCGAAUAAAGAUCGCUUCCGAUUCAGUUUUGCAAUGUCCAUAUUAAACUUGCUGCUAAAACCUGUUUCAAUCCUUAUAAUUCUCUUGAACUAUCUCACUCGUGGUGACGGAGGUUUGAGACAAAAAGUUGCACAAUACCGUGCCAAUAAAGGUUCUGGAAGCCAACCGCCAAAUGACCCUCUUCCACCUCAAAAUGAGCAACCAGCACCGCCACCGUAUGGUGGUCAACCGUACUAGAAAGAAUUACACAUUUUCUGUAUGGACGAGUUGUAGUACAUACCGCUUUUUGAUGUUAUAUUUUGUUUAGUAUUUAUUACAAUUUUGAUGAUAAAGUUGUUGUUCACGGAAACAGGAAUGUCAACUGAUCUAGGUCCUAGGAGCUAAUGAUAGCUAUGUCAGUCACAAAGUAUGUAUACUAUCUUAGUUUCAAAUAGUUUGCUGAAA